CAAACGUUCCUGGCAGCAAGUAAAAAUGAAAUAUAAAAAUAUAGUCCAAACAGGUAAGGUGUAAUUGUAUUAUGAGCCAUAGUGCUUGGUCUGUUUGUCCUAUGUAAAUCAAUUGCAGUUAGAGGCUACAUUAAUUUUCUUUCUGUAAGCACUUAUUGAAAUUAUCUGAGCACAUUACAAGUACAUAUUUGCUUACUCUGUAUGCUCAAAUGUGGCCCGUUAUAGCCAACAGAAAAAAAGCGGAGGCCCGAAAAACAGGUGGGGGUCCUCCACCACCACCACUCACAGAGGCUGAGCAGUUGGCCCUUAGCCAAAACAGUGGGCGCCCUGUGGCUGAAGGCAUCUCUGCGGGGACAUCCUCUGAGUCAAUAACCCCGCAAGACACAAGUGCCUACAUAAGAGUUGAUGGUGAUGGUGUACUGCAUCUGGUGCAGCCUCCUGUUGAGCCAGACCAACAUGCAGUUGAAAAUAAUGAAGAAACAUUGACAGCUGUUACAGAGGAGGAAGCAACAGAGACACUUUAUGAGAGUGAUGAUGGAAAUGCAGAGGAAGAGGGUCCAGCCACUUCUCCAACAAACCUUUCCUCACUCCCUGUAAAGCAGCUGUAUAAGAAAUAUUUGAUCAAGAAAAUAGAAAAAUGCGACUUGGAAAUGGAACACUUCAAGCAGCAGAUCCAAAAGACCAAGAUUGAGAUUUUACUGCUGGAACAUCAGUUAAGGGUGGGUGAAGUGGUCAGAGAUGGACGAAUUAUUUCAGUGUUUGAACAACAUAAUAAUAUACUUAUUAAUACUUUGUGUACAGGAAAUACAGGCGACCAAUAAAGCCAGUUGAACAAAAAA